AUGUCUGAACAAAAACCGCGGUUUUCUAUAAGCCCCGUCCGAGGUGCAGCCGACCUGAAAGACACCAUCCAGCUCUUCUAUACAUACGCCAGAUCUCUAGGGAUCGAUCUGGCGUUUCAGAAUUUUGAUGCUGAAAUGGCCCGCAUGCCUGGCAAAUACGCGCCACCUGGCGGGGAAUUGCUUCUUGCCCGAGACGACGCCGGCCUUCCGAUCGGCUGUGUCGGCCUGCGACCUCUCCCUCCGUCCAGUGACGGCGCUCGAGUGUGCGAGAUGAAGCGUCUGUACGUCGCUCCCGCGGGGCGUGGCAGCGGAGUGGGAAAGGCGUUGGCUAAAACGAUCGUGGCGGCGGCGGAAAAGCUCGGCUACACCGAAAUGCGGCUUGACACUCUUCCUAGUAUGGUGGCUGCGCUGAACAUGUAUCGCUCGUUUGGGUUUGAGGAUAUUCCAGCCUACUAUGACACACCCUUGGAGGGAACGCAUUUCCUGGCGCUACGGUUGCCGGCCUCAGCCAAGCUUCACGAUGGCCAAGGCCCCUCCCGCCAGUGA